AUGGCAAUAUUCAUCGGCAACUUCCAAGAAAAUCCCCAAGAUGAGAAUAAGAUUGGAAUUGAUGGAAUUCAACAGUUCUGUGACGACCUCAAUCUGGAUCCAGCAAGCAUCAGUGUUCUGGUUGUGGCAUGGAAGUUUCGUGCAGCAACACAGUGCGAAUUCAGCAAGAAAGAGUUCAUUGAUGGCAUGACAGAGCUAGGGUGUGAUAGUCCAGAGAAACUCCGAGCUCUUCUGCCCAGAUUAGAACAGGAUCUGAAAGACGUUGGAAAGUUCAAAGAUUUCUAUCAAUUCACAUUCAACUUUGCCAAGAAUCCUGGACAAAAAGGUUUAGAUUUAGAGAUGGCAGUAGCUUAUUGGAACCUGGUGAUGGUGGGACGUUUUAAAUUCCUAGACCUCUGGAACAGAUUUUUAUUGGAGCACCAUAAGCGAUCAAUUCCCAAAGACACGUGGAACUUGCUUCUGGAUUUUGGCAACAUGAUUGCAGAUGACAUGUCAAAUUAUGAUGAAGAAGGAGCUUGGCCUGUUCUCAUUGAUGACUUUGUGGAAUAUGCUCGGCCAAUCGUGACGGGAUCAAAGCGCAAAACUGUAUAAUAACGCUACUGCUGGGCGAGAACUUACACCUUGUUCGCCUCAUUGACUUUGUAGUUUUUUUAAAGACUUGUAAGCAUAAUAUGAGAGUACUAAGAGAAAAUCUUGAAAAAGACAAGCUUUGCAAAGGACGACAGGACAGAAAAGAUGACUCAGAUCUCCACACCAUACAGGAAGGACGAGAGUGUGAGACUCAAACCAUCAAAUGCACAUGGCCAGCUAUUUGCACUGGCAACUCAAUUCUAACCUGAGACCCUAGGAGAUUUUGGGUGGAUCACUUUGAACCUAGUACCUCAUCUCCAUUGCAACCAGUAUCACUCUAGGGCCAAGUCCCCAUUGCCUACCCACUCCUCACAGUCUGAAUUAUGAAAUAAUGUCAGAGUUCUCCAGUUUUUCUUUUAGACCAUGUACCCAUUUGUCCGGGUGUGUAUCUCAUGCAAGACUUGAUGGUGAUCAUGUCCACUUUUUAAGACAGACAUUCAUGGGCAGCACAGCAUGCAGCUCACAACACCAGCACUAUUGUUACAGUUGUAAAAUGCUGUAUCUACUGCAGCAGUAUGUACAGAGAGAAAUGUAUUAUCAUUAAUGUUUUAUUUGAAAAAUGACAUAUGAGAGAAAAGCGUGGUAAAAAAAAAGAUGCCUCCAUACUAUGUUUUUGUGUGAAUUUAGGUCAUAUGUGUCAUCUGCCCUGUUGCAGAACUUGUAACAUCACGGUUCAGUGUUACUCUUUUUUUUGUUUACCAGAUUUAUGUUAAGAAAUAAAUUAUUGCCCUUUAUGUUCUUCUCAAUCUUUAACAACCCUUUUAUUCUU